AUGGCGUCCCGAGGCGCUUCUUCAUCUGGGCGGGGGCAGCGAGUAAAAAGACAAAAACCUGACCCGCCCGGUUCUACGCUCUCCUCUUCUGACUCACUCGAGGUGUUGAGGCGUCGCUUCGGGAUAUCCGAGGUGGUGGAGUUUAUCGUUCCAGAGAAGAACGACAGAGCCGACAAGCCUCCCGAGAAUCACUUCACUCUGUACAAGGCGUUCUUCGAGCUCUGCUUUCUCUGGUUCCCGAUCCCCGGAGUUAUCCUUGAAUACCUCUGGAAACAUUGGAUCUCGAUCGGGCAGAUCAUGCCGAGGGGACUGCAGCAUAUGAUCGGCAUUUUAGUUCGAAUCUUUGAGUGCGGGCUCGAUAUCGAGCUGAAUCACCUGCUGAACUUGCUGGAAAUCAGGAAAGCUCCGAAGGGAGAUAGAUUUUAUAUUUCCAACAAGUCCAAUCGCCGGAUUAUAGGCGGUUUUCCAAGCAAAGAUCAGUUUUGGACUGAACGCUUCUUCUACGUCUUGGUGAACGAGGCGUCGGUCGGCGAGGAUUACGUUCGAAGAACCAAGACCACCUGGGGACCACUCGACUCCCUUUCGGCUCGGAAGGUUAACUGGAGGAAGAAUUUUACCCUCGAGAGAGUAGAAAAGGCGCGAGCUAUUCUUGCCGGAGUCCCUGUCAGCUCUUCAUCUUCCAGCUCCUCAAGAGAUACACGAGAAAAGAUGGUGAUAAUCGCUCUGAGAGAUAGGAAAAGGCGUGAAGAAGAAGAAGCCGCAAGGCGAGCCGCCAAAGUGGCUAGAAUAGAGUCUGAAGCGAUUCCUCAGACCGAUCUGCUGAGCCGUGAAGGUGACGACACGGUUCGGGUCGCAGAGGCAAACAUUGCUGAGGCGGCUGAGAAAGAAGCAGCGCCCGAGCUGGAACCGGGCGAAAUUAUCCCCAAGGCGUCUAAGGACGACUCGGCGGUGCGGAGUGAAACUCCUUCGAACUCCGCGAUCCUAGCUCUUCCGAAGUCAUCAAGGCCGCCGACUUCGGGGAAAGGCAUCGCUGCUCAAAAAGACGAGCCGUCGAAAAAGAAGCGCAAGCCGACACCCGGGGAUCCUGCUGCGCGCAAACUGGUCAUUGACGACCCCGACGCCUUGGCAGUGAUGUUCGCGCGUGUUAUUAACGCGAACACGCGUCUUCCUCCCCUGGAGAAGCUGAGGAGGCCGAGGUCGUACGGCGCGAUGGCGCAGCGCGGUACCAAGUUUGUUGCGACCAUUAACGAGCUAAUGGCUGAGUAUGAGGCGGAUCUGUCUAAGGUCGAACGUCGCUUGGACGAGGCCCGAAAUGAGACCGCGGCGUCAAAGGUGAAGCUGGAAGAGGCUCAGAACGAAGCCGCGGCGGCAAAGGGGAAACUAGGCGAGGCGAUGGCCAGGGCGUCCAGGCUGGAAGAGGAGAAGAUUGUUCUGCGCGUCAAUGUUGACAAGGUCUCCGCCUUGGUCAUUCGCCUCGAGGAGGCGAGGAGAGCUAAAAGCGCCGAGGUGGCGUUGCUCAAGAGGCGCAUCGAAGCCAAGGAUGCUUUGUUCGAUGCCAAGGUCAAGCGGGCGAAAAAGGAGGUGAGGCGAGAGCUUACGGCUAAGUUUGAGGAACGCCUCGCCAAGGUAGAGGAAGGUUUGGCCAAGCUCGAGAAGGCCAAAAAUGAUGAGAACGAUCUGGGGCAGAUCAAGAGCAAUCUUGCGAUGAUUGCCGACCUGAAAAAGCCAGACGCCCCAACGCUUGAUGACGAGGAGGCGAAGCUGAAAAGCUGGGAGAGUGAGUAUGCCGACGACGAGGCGUACGAGCGUAUUGCUUCCGAGAUUCGUGGCGAGCUGGUUUUCUCUCUCGUAUCGCCGGACUCGGUAGACACCAGCAUUGGCAACGAGCCGCUUGAAGAGACAGCGGCCAACCUGAGUGUCGUUGAUCCGACCGGAUUGAACGCGGGACACCAGCCCUCUCGAACCUCCUUGCCGAGCGCAAGACGCAGUCCGCGGCUUGAUACUCUCCGCUUUCUCUCACCCUACGUUGCAUAA